AAUGAAAAAUUUAGUCAUUUUCUUGAAAUAGCAUUGGUCUUAGUUGUCUAUACAAUACUAUAUAUAUCUCUUUGAUGUCUUGUCCUACAUUUGCUCAGCCCUCUAAUAAGAAAAUAAAUAGUUUUGGCUUUUAAAUAAAAAAGGAUUUGAAAAGGAGUUCAUUGUUGGCUCCACAGUUCUUCCCAUUGUAAUUUGUAUUCGUUUCAAACCGAUUCUUUCUUUUUAACACCAUGGGAGGCUGUGCGAGCAAACCUAAGGAGUCUGAUAUCCUUGAAACCUCUGUCACGACUGAGAAUGUUGUUGUUGAGUCCAAGAACGUUGAAUCCGAAGUCGUGUCUCAGGAGAAGGCAGAUGAAGUUGUUGCAGAGAAGAAGGAAGAGUCUGCUGUAGAUGGAGCAGAGACACAGAAGGAAGCUGAGGCAGACAAGCCUGCCGAGGCUGAGCCAGUUGCAGAGGCUGUGAAGACCGAAGAAACUAAAGAAGCUGCGGUCGAAGCUGUUGAUGAGAAAGCUUCAGGUGAGACUGAGCCACCAAAGCAAGAGGAGGCUACACCAGCCAAGGACACCGAAGAGCCUCUUGUAACCCUUUGAUUUUCAUAUUCAUCUCUCACAAAUCUCAAUCCGUUGUAAUCAACUCUGUAAUUUGUAUUUCUCACCACUAUUGUCUUGCUAAUGUUCCCACUUGUUUGUGAUUUAUGAUCUCCUAAAAAUAUUUAUCACAUUGUGAUUCUUCU